AUGGCCAAUGUCGACCACCACGCCGCAGCUUUCAACACCCUGUACUUCGACGAUCAAGCUGAUCACAACGAUUCGUCAGGUUCACAGCAGUCACGCAAACCUCCGGCGUCCACGUCGAACAAUGUUUCCGCAUCGCGGCAGCCUGCAUUUGAUCCAAGGUCGCUGCUAAACCCGCAGGCAUCGAAUGCGCGCCCCGCAGCGGCAUUGCCAGCGGAAGAUGAACAGAACGGCGACUUCGGUGCAGGAAGCAUGAUCGCCAAUCUGAACAACCUUACAGACCGCGCAGAUGUUCCGACUUCGAAGAAGCGCAAAUCGCCGGCUAUCGAGAACGGAGAGCUCGAGCAGCAGCAUAAGAAGUCGAAGGCAACAUUCUUUCGCGCUGGCCAGGGUGGAGUCAUCAGUGACCAUAUCAAUCAGCAGAACCGCAACGAUGCGCCACCACCGCCGCCAGUCGGAGCCAUCGACCUCACUGCGGGCGACGAUGACGAUGUCGUGAUCAUCAGCGAGACUAACAACCCUGCUAUUCCCACYGGAUCCCCCAACGAAGAGGUGUGUUUGGGUAGACUUACGUCUUCGGCAAAUGUUUUUCGAGUUCCCGCACCGGCAAAGAAAUCCGUGGUGAAGGGAGAUAUCUGGCCGCCCAUCCUCGUUUCAUUUCGCAAGGAAAACCCAUCCCCGCAGAAUUUCUUAAUCGAUCUAUACGACCCUGUGAAAGCCAAGUUCGGCACCCUGGAGGUUAAGACUGCCACCGCCAUCAGUCAACUGCUCGCAGGCACAUCCAUAUCGAAGUUCAGGUGCACGAUGGCUCUCCACGGACGCUCGAAGGAUGAGGAUGAGUACACUGGGAAGAAAGUGUCGCAGAGCUUGGCUCUUGAUGUUACUCUUUAUGCUGCUCGCGAGAAGGCGGAUCAGAUCGGCAAGUUUCUUUCGCAGAAGCAGCUUUUCCUCAGCGAGCCCCUGGCCACAAUGGGCAAGGCCGUCGUCAACCCUCACAGACCUUACGGCACGAUUGGGCAAGGUCAGAGACCGCAGGCAGCUAAACCUGUGUCGUAUGUGACCCGAACCGCGGAAGAGAUGCGUACCGAAGCAAGCAGUAUGUUCGACAAGAUCUCGAAUGAUGAGGCGCUCCCAGAACUCGAGGCGAACACUUCUAUCAUCAAGACGACCCUCCUUGAUCAUCAAAAGAAGGGACUCGCAUUCAUGGUGGAUCACGAGCGGAGCAACGUCGACGUGGAUGCAGACUCCUCGAAGCACUCCCUCUGGAAGUAUCAGCCUGAUGCCAGGGGUCGAGACUCCUGGUACCACGUAAUCACAAACCACGAAACGCAGGAUAGGCCGCAAGAGAUUCAAGGUGGCAUCUUGGCAGACGUAAUGGGUUUAGGAAAGACUUUAAGCAUCCUCUCCUUGAUUGCCGAGACUCGCGACGAAGCCCGUCGCUUCCGUCGGAGUGGCGGCCAGACCAAGAGCACAGAUUACAACGCAAAGGCUACGCUUAUCAUUUGCCCCAAGUCGGUCCUAUCGAAUUGGCAGGAGCAGAUUCUCGCCCACUGUGUUCAUGGGAGCCUCAAAUGCUACAUGUACCACGGCGCCAAUCGGACCCAAGAUACCGAGGAGCUGUCAAGACACGACAUUGUGUUAACGUCGUACAACACGGCAGCAGCUKAGUUUGGCGAUGGUGUUCGUAAGAAGCGAGCUUUGGCUUCCGUGAACUGGUUCCGCAUUGUGCUUGACGAAGCACAUUCUAUUCGAACGCAGUCUACGCAAGUUUCAAAGGCCUGUUGUGCGCUGAACGCAGAGCGUCGCUGGGCAGUCACUGGAACGCCUGUCCAGAAUUCCCUCACCGAUCUGGGAACACUGAUCAAAUUCCUCCGGAUCAAACCAUUCGWCGACUCGCACACAUGGACGCAGCACAUCAUGGCCAAAUUCAAGCUGGCAGAUGCAAGUGUGGUGGAGCAGCUUCAGCUGUUGGUUGGCAGUAUCACUCUUCGUCGCUCAAAAGACACCAUUGGGCUGGUGGAGCGUAAAGAAGAGCGCCAAUUGCUUGACUGGGCCCCGGAGGAAUAUCACCUCUACAGCCAAUUUGCCAAAAUGAGUCGGACCCAUUUCCACAACAUCACAGGCGGCGGAAGUGCGCUCAAAGGCAAGGCGUAUGCCCAUGUCCUCAAGUCCAUCGGCCGUCUCCGAGCCAUCUGCGCGCACGGGCGUGAAAUGCUCACGGAGGAGGACAUGGAGGAGAUCAAGGGUGGCGAUGUCAGCAGCGCUAUUGUGCUUGAUAUCGGAGAUGAGCCAGGUGAUGGCAUCGAUCCGUUUGAUGGCUUCAUCAAGGAGAAACAAGCGUACGAGGCAUAUACUAACAUGCAGGACAGCGAAGUCGACAGCUGUAUGUCAUGUGGCAACAGGUUGGGCAAGAAGGAAGACGAUGCUAUUAAACUUGCCGCCCAGGAGCUUGGGGACGAUGAGAGCUCUGACGGUGGAGACGAGGACGAAAAGCCUAAGCAGGACCUUCUCGGUCACAUCACGCCUUGCUACCAUCUCAUUUGUGCCGAUUGCACGGAGGAGUACAAGGACGAAGUGGAGGGUACCAUGACGGCCGACAACCACCAUCGAUGCCGUCAUUGCGAUUCAUUCGUUCGAUUUGGGAUGUUUCCACUCUUGCGCUCUAUAUUAACCCAAUUCAUCGACAAUCGCAAGGCUGCGAGAAGGAUCAAAGCCGCUAGAUGGGACGAGGACAGCUACACCGGUCCACAUACCAAAGUUCGAGCGCUCCUCGAAGCCUUGGCUAAGUCCGCCGAGGAGACUGCUGCUCUCGCGCCUGGCGAGCCACCUAUCAAGUCGGUCGUCUUUAGCGGCUGGACCUCGUUCCUCGACCUCAUCGAGUUUGCUCUGGAGAGAGCGAACAUCGGCUUUGUUCGCCUUGACGGCAGCAUGUCAGUCAAGCAGCGCACCCAGAGUCUGGACACCUUCAAGACGGAUCCCAACAUCACCGUGCUUAUCGCAUCCAUCAAAGCUGCAGGUCAGGGUCUGAACUUGACGGCCGCAAACAAGGUGUAUGUCAUGGAGCCUCAGUUCAACCCAGGCGUGGAGGAGCAGGCUGUCGAUCGUGUACAUCGUCUGGGCCAAACACGCGCUGUGCAUAUUGUGCAUUACAUCAUGAAGCCAUCGGUGGAGGAGGGCAUCCUCAAACUCCAGCAGAAGAAAAAGAAGUUGGCGAAACUCUCAAUGGAGAAGAAGCGGUCCAAGGUCGAGGAGGUUGCGGAGCGAUUGCAGGACGUCAGAGAUCUUUUCAAGUAG